CCUCGCGUGAGCAGUUAUCUCGGCCAGACAUCUCAUCCGGAAUGCCUGAGAGCGGUCUGGCCAGUUGUCUAGCAAAAUUGUCGAGUCAUUGCUAGCCGAGCAAAUAGGUGGCCGUCUUCGAGAUAAGGCUGACGCAUGAGCGCACUCGAUUCCAGAUACCGAGGUGAUGCGACAGUCUCAGGGUGUUCUUCUUGUGUUCUCUUUAGUUGUGCGUCACGACAUACGUCAAGGCGCGAAUUUCAAAUUCUUUAAGGUUAAUGCGCCACGUGGUGGUGAACGGAGGAAGGCAAACGAAAUUUAUCUAAUUCGCAGGUAUGGUUAGCUGACGCGAGCAUCAAAACGAAAGAGAAGUAAUUUGAAAUGAAGUUAAGAGACACUAUGUUAUUUUCUAUUCCUUUUCACUAAAGCAAAAAAAGUUUUGCGUGUAAAAGAAGUUAUACUUUGCGACUCGGCCAUAUGACUCGGCUUUCUUGCGUCACCCAGCGGCGAGCCAAUGGCAGGCGAGUCAUGCGACAGACGCACGACGGAAGCGUGCGCGGCCGCACGCGCGUUUGACAUGCUGUUUUUUUUUUUUUCGCGGAAAUCGCGCAACCUCUGUUCGCUCGACGUCUUUGCGGGUCCCUGCUGCUCUUCGGCGCGGCGCUCCUGCGGUAUUUGACCACGGCAAGGACGUUCCUGGGGCUCGUGGUUCGACCAAAGCAGAGAUGGACAGCCGGGCCAAGCUGCGUUUUCCAGCAGACGAGGGCGACUGGGGUGCUAAAGUGGCCUGGUGUCUUGGUUCCCGCCCUGCAGACCUGGACCAGCGUGGGAAGCAGCACGAUGGCCGACUCUACCAGCCGCACCAGCAAGCGGCCUGGUGACCUGGCGGCCAGCAGUUAUUGAGCACAGCCAUGUCGAUGCCCACCCUGUGGGCCAGCUGGUCGGCUCUUCAAUCGGCCUGGUGUCUUGGGGCCCGCACUACAGAUUUGGUCGUCCUCUGUUCUAGAGGCCUGGUGACUCCCCAUGCUGUGGACCUGGUGGCCAGCUGCUCCAGCUACCUCGUAUCAUGCUGCCCGCUCUGCUCGCCUGGUACCCAGGUCUCUAAGCGGUCUGGUAUCUUGUUGCCCGCCUUGCGGACCAAGUGGACGGCAGUCCUGGCAGGCAGCCUGCGGCCCGGUGUCCUUUGUCCCUCGCCUGCGGGCCCGGUACCAGCAGUUCCAGUGCGCUGUUAUCUUGCUAGCCACCCUGUGGACCUGGUGGUCAGCUCUUUCAACGGCCUGGUGCCUCGCCGCCCGCUUCGCGGAUCUGGUGACCUACCGUUCUUGCGAAGUGAUAUCAUGCAGCCCACCCUGCAGAUCUGGCGGCCAGCUGUUCCGCGAGGUGAACAUCUCCUGCAGCAUGCUCAUGUCAAGCCACAUGUAGCAGGUGCGAGCAACGUACGUGACACAGUGUUCAUGCCACUGGCAAGGCUGCAGCACACUCUGUUGUCCUCGCGCAGCCGGAUGCUCCAUUUUGGAUGUCGGUUGGCCAGGAUGUCCAGCAAGUUCCAAAGCAGCGUGCUCACCGGAAGUUCUCCGGAGGAUCCGGACGCUCACCGGAGGAUCUCCCCACCACGGACUUCGGAGAAUCCCUCGAUCUGAAGCAACCUGGUGCGCGAGCCACCCAGCAGCCGCUGACCCAGACUGGAGAGGUUCAGCUCGAACGCCAGGUUUCGAACUUGCGUCAGAGCGGCCACUUUCACUGUCAUGACGACGUGGCCAUUCGCACAGUUUUUGAAAAUUACAAGCGCUUGGUUCCGCACACACAAAAAUAGUCUGAAAACACCGCAGGCCAAAAGGCCAGAAGACGACGAUGAUGGCGACGUGUAACGCCCAUGACGUGCAAGAUGUCUUACACUUCACGUACCACGACUCGAACUAAUGAGUGUCUAAGGGGCACGUCCUGGGUAGCUUGAGGUGAGUUACGGGCGGGUCUUCGAAAUAGAGCACCGAUAGCACGGCGGCUUACCGAGUUAUAUGGUUGGUGAAGGGGAGGGGAAGAAAAGGAGUGGAAUGUUGGUGGAGUGCAUGACUAGCUGAAGUAACGAAAAACCCACGUACGACUGCAAAAUUAGCCGGGGACUUUCGCGGUGGCGUAUGUUAUUCGCCUACUGUUCUUCAAUAAGCGAAGAGCUUUGUUCAGGAUCCUUUUAACCCUGCAAUGCAAAACGCGCCAUCCGAUUACUGUGCCGUUCGAGACUGAAUUUCAAAUUUCUGCACGUGAAACGGAAGUAGCGACAUACAUUCAUAAGCUGUUCACGUGUGAAACUCGGCUGCAAUGUAACUACUAGCUGCAGUGCUCGUUAUGUUUGCUGAAGCUAUCUUCAGUGUAAGUUCGCACUCCAUGGCGAGAAAUGAAGUUUUACGUAUUUCGUGUAGAACGCUGUUUGGGCAUUGCAGGGUUUAAUGCGCCCAAAUACGUUUGGUGUUUGUUGUUGGAUGCUCUGAACAGCGAACUCGUCAAAGUACUUCAAAAACUGCAGCAAUGGGUAACGAAGCCUGAAAGGACAGCACACCACUACAAAAUUUGGAGUUCAUCUGGGAGGCGUACCGCAGGUUGAGUAGGAGAUGUCUGGAUGAUUUAUCACUCGGAACUGGCGCCUGUGUUGUGUAGCAGGCAAACUUACGCGUGACAUUAGCAUGUUAAGCAAUCGCCGUAUAAGGAUGUAAAAGCUUCUGUCUCGGAAGUACUUUCUUGCUGUUCUGUGGUUUUUCCACGUACUUCUGUCUCUCGUUCCAUAAUCUUCGCGAACAGCCGUGCGCCGUGCUUAUUAGCCGGAGGCUUCCGUUAAACUGUUCCUAACAUACUUGUAGAAUGGAUUUCGUUUCUCGCACAGAUACAGCCUUGUGGGUUUUACGAUCUCCAGGACUUCGGAAUUGCCACUAAGAAUUUGUGAUAGUAUUUGUUUUCCCCUGCCAGCGUUACUUUGUAUUCCCGGCACCUGUCGUUCUAGUAAUGAAUUCGAUGUAUUUGUGAGAAAUUUGCAAUUUCGGCGUCAUGUGCGCGCAUGUAUGCGGCGUAAAUUAAGGUGGGAAUGUUCGGUUUUUGAUCGUCCCUCAAUUUUGUUUUUUUACAGGGCCGGAGGAAUGGUUUUGCUGGUGUACGAAUCGUUAAGAGCUCCGAAAUAAAGUUACGAUGUGUGGAAUUAACGCC